AAGUCACCGGUGGGAGCGCGGCUGUGCAGGGCAGGCUGAUAUUCUCUCUCCUCCGCUGAGGAAAAUCGGGGAGCGUGGCGUUGACCCUCAGCGAGGACUCCGCGUAUUUCCCACGCGAGCGGCGGCCCUUUUAAUUCCCCUCCCACACGCGCCCGGAGCCGCGAGGGCGGCGCGCGGCGGCGAUUGGCGCGAAGCGGGAGCUGGAAGGGGCUCGGUGCCGCCAUGUGCUCCCUGGGGCUGUUCCCGCCGCCGCCUCCCCCUGGGGAUGUCACCCUGUACGAGCUCAACAACGCCCUGGUCUGCGGCCGCCUCAGCGAGCAGCUCCCGCUGGCCUUCCAGAGCCAGGUUCCCGACCUGCCCGUGCUGACCCUGCCCAAGGAGCCCCUCAAGGCCCACGGCCGCCUGGAGCCCAGCGCCCGCCCGCCCUUCAUCCACCACCGCGAGUCCCUCUGGAAGCGCUGCCUCAGCGCCUGGCGCGAUGCCGGGCUCUGCGGGCUGCUCCGGGAGCUGGCCAGCGCCGAGGAGGAGGGGCUGCAGUGGCUGCAGACGGGCUCGAGCCACGCUCUGGCUGUGUGCCGCUGGCUGUCCUCGCUGCACGGAUCCCUGUUCCCACACCUGUCCCUGACCAGUGAGGACAUGAUCGCAGCCUUCUCCCAGGCCGUGGACUGGGCCGGCUGCACCAUCAGGGCCUUCGCCUGGCACCCCCACACCAACAAAUUUGCUGUGGCUCUUCUGGACGAUUCCAUCCGUGUCUACAACUCCAACAGUGCCACCGUGCCCUCGCUGAAGCACCGCCUGCAGAGGAACGUGGCUGCCAUGGCCUGGAAGCCUCUCUGUGCCUCCAUCCUGGCCGUGGCCUGCCAGAGCUGCGUGCUCGUGUGGCACCUGGACCCCACCUCCCUCUCCACCAGGCCCUCGUCGGGCUGUGCCCAGGUGCUGUCCUGCCCCGGGCACAGCCCUGUCACCAGCCUGGCCUGGGCGCCCAGCGGGGAGCGGCUGCUGUCGGCGUCACCCGUGGACACGGCCAUGCUGGUGUGGGACGUGUCCACCGAGACCUGUGUGCAGCUGCAGUGGUUUGGGGGUGGCGGUGUCACCUACUUGGCCUGGUCCCCCGACGGCAGCAAGGUGCUGGCAGCCACCCCCUCGGCCGUGUUCCGGGUGUGGGAGGCCCAGAUGUGGACCUGUGAGCGCUGGCCCACCAUCAGGGGACGCUGCCAGACAGGGUGCUGGAGCCCCGAUGGCAGCCGGCUGCUCUUCACCGUGCUGGGCGAGUCCGUCAUCUACUCCUUGUCCUUCUCCGAGUACCGGGGGGAGAUGCAGGGGCAGGUGGGAGGCUCCAAGACAGCCUCGAUCGUGGCAGACCUGUCCGAGACCACCUUCGAGACCCUCUACGGGGAGGAGAGGAUCGGAGGAGAGGUUCAUUCCAUGGUGUGGGACCCCACCGGGGAGAGGCUGGCUGUGAUCAUCAGAGGACACCCCGAGUGCGCGGGCAGCCAGCCGGCCGUGGCCGUGUUCCGCACCCGCAACAGCCCCGUCUUCGAGCUCCUGCCCUGCGGCUUCGUGCGGGGAGAGCGUGGCGCCCAGCCCCAGCUCAUCUCCUUCCACCCCUGCUUCCCUCAGGGCGCCCUCCUGACCGUGUGCUGGUCCUCGGGGAGGAUCUCCCACAUCCCCUUCUUCUUCGUCAGCGCCCUGGAGCCCCGCGGCAGCCCCUGCCGCAGCCCCGCGCCCAUGCUGGGCAGUGUCCGCGAGCAGCCGCUCUUCUCCGAGCUCUGAGAGCCUCCCAGGGGCUCCUGGGGCACCUCGGGGCCUCAUGGGGCACCCCAGAACCUCCCUGGGCACCCCAGGGCAUCCUUGAGCACCCCAGAACCUCCUCAGGCACCCCAGAACCUCCCCGGGCACCCCAGGGCUUCCGAGGGCAUCCUCAGGCACCCCAGGGCUUCCUCGGGCACCCCAGAACCUCCUCGGGCACCCCAGGCCUCCUCUUCCUCCUGCUCAGCCUCCUCUCCCUGCAGGAGCCCCAGACCGGCUCAGGGUCUGGCAGUGUUGAUCCUGCCCCAAUUAAAGGUGGAUUUUCUCUC